CUUCUUUUCAGUUUUCCCUGGUAUAUCGUCAACAACAUGAACAACAACAUAAACGAAGUCAUCGAGCAUAUUUCUCAUAGAGUGCAAAACAUUUUAAAAGACCCUCCAUCCCCUGUGCUGUCUGUUUCCGCUGCCGUUGCCGCAACUUGGGCGAUAUGGAGGCUGACACUGACGCGCAGAAAAGCCAACACGCCACCUAUUGUGCCUUACAAUAUUCCUUUCAUUGGUAAUGGACUGGACCUCAGCAAAGACCCUAGAAAGUUUAUCGACAAGUGCAAAAAAAGAUAUGGCCCCAUCUUUCAAAUUACCACGUUCGGUAAAACCAUGGUCGUGGUGACUGGUCCAUACAUUCAGGAAUGCUUUAGACUUGGAGACAAAUAUCUGGAUUUCAACGAAGGCGUUGAAGACUUUUUACCCCUUCAGCGUAUCCUCAACAUCAGCUAUGAUAAACAAAAGCGUCAAGAAGUCAAGCAUGAAAACGAAAACAAAAGCCCUAUCGUCAAAGCUGUACGAAACAAUUUCAAGUCACAUCAGCUUAAAAUCUUUGAAGAUCGAAUGCAGUAUGCCGUCGACAGAGGAUUAGAAUUGGAUAUUCAUUUCGAACCUGGAGCGAAGUCAACUACACUCGAAAUUGACGCAGUUCAACAUAUGGUGGGACGCAUUAGUGCCUUGUUAUUCGCAGGUCGGGAAGUUGGCGAGAGCGAAGAGCUUAUUACGGCAAUGGCUACUUAUGCACAGUCCAUCUUCAAAGCUGCUAUUGCAUAUACCUCUCUUCCAGCCAAUCUCGCCGACUUCGUUACCAAAAAUUAUCUCGAUAUCAGUGAUCAGAUCGAUAUUACUAUGAAACACAUUACUCCUGUUCUCACAAAAGUGAAAGAACAAGAGGAAAAGGAAGGUCAGAUGGAUCCAGAUUUCUUUAUGCACAUGAUGCUACAUAUGCCAAAUGCAGAUGGUAGCCAGCCUACGCCUGAAGAGGCAGGAUUUUGGCUGCAAGACAUCUCAUUUGCAAGUAUUCACACCACGAGCUUAUUCACGACUUGGGCAUUGCAUUUACUAUCUGAUCGUCCCGAUAUCCAAGAGCUGAUCCGACAGGAAACCGAGGCAGCCAAGAAGAAGCAUGGUGUAUUGACCCCUGCAGUUGUUAAAGACAUGCCCAUCAUCGACUCCAUCUUCCGUGAGACGUUGCGAUUGAAUAGCGAUUACAUUGGUAUCAACCACAAGGCCAUGCAGGACACAGUACUCAGCAACGGCAUCAUCAUACCCAAGGGAAAGAGUGUAGGAAUGGCCGUCGAUGAUGUCCAUAACGAUCCAACUAUCCAACAUGUUGGUGAAAAUAACAUUCCCUUGACCGAAAUGGACCCCAGACGAUUUGUUUCGCGCAAGACCAAGAAAAGCACCUCUGUUGGACUGGAUUUGCUCAGCUUUGGUUUGGGAUACCACGCCUGCCCCGGUCGAUACCUUGCAAGUCAAGAGAUCUGUUAUCUGCUUGCGAAGAUCCUUGAAGAUUACGAUAUCUCCCCUGAUACCAAGGACGGAAAGCGCGCGCCAAACCGUGUGGCUAUGGGUUUCCUUCAAUUGACUCCUGCUAAAGGUGUUGUAUUGACCAAGCGUUCUUAAAUCAAACGGUUUCUGUUCAAUGUAUAGCGAUAAAUGACACCAUGGUUCACACACACAGUACAUCGUUGGUUAUUUCACAUUGCUUGCCUGUCGUCUUUACAAGGUUUCCAGCCGAUACAUAGUUUAUACAUGUAUUUUUUUUUUACGAUAUAUCUCUUCCCAUCCUCUAUCUAGCAUGCAUUAUGCCAAUCAAUAUCAGAAUAUCCUCUAUGCAGUUGUCUUAUAGUACACGUGCCAUUUCCCAAAUAAAUGCAGUAACUGAGACUGAGCCACGACUUAAAAA